AGACAGGCCCAAGAUGGAGGCGGUGGUGGUGGUAGCGGUGUGACAGUGCAGUACAUACUGACUUCCCCAUUAGUCUCCAGAAGAAUUUUGUGUACUGUGCCCUCCAGGACAGUGUGCACUGCAGUGAGUCUGAGAUCUUGGCACUCACCUAUGAGAUAAGCAAUAGGAGAUUCCGAGCAGAGAAGGGAACCCUAUGGAACCAGCCCAGUCCUACCUCAGCCCAUCUUGACAAAAGCAGGUUCCAUGGAACCACCACGAGGCCCUCCUGCUAGUGGGGCUGAGCCAGCUCGGGCAGUUGGCACUGUCAAAGUGUACCUGCCUAACAAGCAACGCACAGUGGUGACUGUCCGGGAUGGCAUGAGUGUCUAUGACUCUUUGGACAAGGCCCUCAAGGUGCGGGGUCUCAAUCAAGAUUGCUGCGUGGUCUACAGACUCAUCAAAGGAAGAAAGACAGUCACUGCCUGGGACACAGCCAUUGCACCCCUGGAUGGUGAAGAGCUCAUUGUGGAAGUCCUAGAAGAUGUGCCACUGACCAUGCACAAUUUUGUACGGAAGACAUUCUUCAGCUUGGCCUUUUGUGACUUCUGCCUUAAGUUUCUGUUCCAUGGUUUCCGCUGCCAAACCUGUGGCUACAAGUUCCACCAGCAUUGUUCCUCCAAGGUCCCCACAGUUUGCGUUGACAUGAGUACCAACUGCCGACAGUCCUUAAGGUUCUACCACAGCAUCCAAGAUUUGUCUGGAAGCUCCAGGCAGCAAGAGGUUCCCUCAAAUAUCUCUGUGAAUGAGCUGCUAAACCCCCAGGGUCCAAGCCCUUGCACCCAGCCCCGUGACCUGGAGCACUUCUCCUUCCCUGCCCCUGCCAAUCCCCCACUGCAGCGCAUCCGCUCCACAUCUACUCCUAACGUCCACAUGGUCAGCACCACAGCUCCCAUGGACUCCAGCCUCAUGCAGUUCACUGCUCAGAGCUUCAGCACCGAUGCUGCUGGUAGAAGUGGUGAUGGAGCUCCCCGGGGUAGCCCUAGCCCAGCUAGUGUGUCCUCGGGGAGGAAAUCCCCACAUUCCAAGUCACCUUCGGAGCAGCGAGAGCGGAAGUCCUUGGCAGAUGAAAAGAAAAAAGUGAAAAACCUUGGGUACCGGGACUCAGGCUAUUACUGGGAGGUGCCACCCAGUGAGGUACAGCUGUUGAAGAGGAUCGGGACAGGCUCUUUUGGCACUGUGUUUCGGGGUCGUUGGCAUGGUGAUGUAGCUGUGAAAGUGCUCAAGGUGGCCCAACCUACUGCUGAACAGGCCCAGGCCUUCAAGAAUGAGAUGCAAGUGCUCAGGAAGACACGACAUGUCAACAUUUUGCUGUUCAUGGGUUUUAUGACCCGGCCGGGGUUUGCUAUCAUCACGCAAUGGUGUGAGGGUUCCAGCCUAUACCACCACCUACAUGUGGCUGACACGCGCUUUGACAUGGUCCAGCUCAUUGAUGUGGCCCGGCAGACUGCCCAGGGCAUGGACUACCUCCACGCCAAGAACAUCAUCCACCGAGAUCUCAAGUCAAACAAUAUCUUCCUACAUGAGGGGCUCACAGUCAAGAUUGGUGACUUCGGCCUGGCUACGGUGAAGACACGGUGGAGUGGGGCCCAGCCCUUAGAGCAGCCCUCAGGGUCUGUGUUAUGGAUGGCAGCUGAGGUGAUCCGUAUGCAGGACCCAAACCCCUACAGCUUCCAGUCAGAUGUCUAUGCCUACGGGGUUGUGCUGUAUGAGCUUAUGACCGGCUCACUGCCCUACAGCCACAUUGGCAGCCGUGACCAGAUCAUUUUUAUGGUGGGCCGCGGCUAUCUGUCUCCGGACCUCAGCAAAAUCUUCAGUAAUUGUCCCAAGGCCAUGAGGCGCCUGCUGUCUGACUGCCUCAAGUUCCAGCGGGAAGAGCGACCUUUAUUUCCCCAGAUCCUGGCCACGAUCGAGCUACUGCAGCGGUCACUCCCCAAGAUUGAGCGGAGUGCCUCCGAACCCUCCUUGCACCGUACCCAGGCUGAUGAGUUGCCUGCCUGCCUUCUCAGCGCAGCCCGCCUUGUGCCUUAGACCCCACUCCCAGCCAACAGGGAGCCAAUUUCAACCUGCCAUGCCAAGGCAUCCCUUCUUACCGGCCAGUCAUUGUUCUGCCUCUGCCUUGAUACUGCCUCAGGAUUCCCUAUCCCACACUCUGGGAAAUUUGGGGGACCCCCCAAAAUUGAGAUCCCCUGCUUCCUCCAUAAUUUGGUUUCCUCUUGGCUUUGGGGAUAUUUCUGAUUUGGAGAGCUGUUUCAUCUCCAACGGCUGGAAUUCAUGGUAAGGAUUCCACUCAGAACCUCUUUCUAAAGUUUAUGCUUGAUGUGUCUU